AUGAACGUAUUCGCUCUUGGUGCUUCCCGCAACAUUGGGUAUCAUGCAGCUCGUCGCCUCCUUGCAAAAGGGGCUACGGUGACCUUUCUCCUGCGUUCGACGUCCGCCUUCGACAACGACGAGGUAAUCCAGCCUUACAUCCGCUCAGGCACGGCACGCCUGGUGCAGGGCGAUGCGUUGAAAGCGGACGAUGUACAGCGCGGCUGGGAAGCUGCUCAGAACGCCAAGGACGGCACCAUAGACCUCGUCCUCUUCAGUAUCGGCGGAACACCGACGUUCCACGCGACAAAGGGCUUCCUCGUCCACCCCCACGACCUUUGCACCAAGUCCCUACUCAACCUCGUCACCACCAUCCCCCACGCCCUCCGCACGCCCUCCGCGCAACCGCGGUUCGUCAUCAUCUCUUCCAUCGGCAUCACGCGCGCCGCGCAUGCAGAGCUCCCUCUCCUGCUCAAGCCAUUCUACGGCUACUUCCUCCGCGGGCCACACGUCGACAAGCUCGCCAUGGAGCGCGUCAUCGCGCACUGCGCCGGCUGGAGGUGGGACGCGGAGACGCCCAAUACGGAGAUCCUCCCUGCUACCUGGACGAGCCUGCCAAAUCUCCCUGCGUUCGGCGAGCUGACGCAUGUAAUUGCGAUCAGGCCGGCGUUGCUGACGAGCGGGGCGUGUAAGGCGGAUACGAAGAAGGGCAGGAAGGAGCCGUACAGAUUGAAGGAUGGCGAACUCGGGGACGGGUAUACCAUCUCUAGAGAGGACGUCGCGCAUUUCUUGGCGGAGGGGCUUUUGUCGAACUGGGCACAGUGGGAGGGCAAGGCGGCGCACAUUGCGUAUUGA